GACAGCCCAGCGGCCGCCGGGAGAGUCUAUGCGCGCUGGACAGCAGUGGGAGGCGUGUGAGAAUCGCACUGGCCGCAGACCUUCGGGUGCAAUCGCCGGGGAGCUAGGACUCGGCGACGGGGCUGCGGAGCGACCCGGCCGAGGCUUCAGAAGCGCAAAUCGAUGGGACUAUCUCGCUCCGCUGCGUCUUCCCGCUCUUCUGAGUACACUGAACGGGGCCCCCGCUGAAGUAGAAGCUGUCGGUGGGGCGCGCAGCCCAGAGUCCCAGUGUGGCCUGGAGGAACGGAGACCGUGCCAGGGCGACCCAGCCGGGAGCCCCCGGACUGAGCUCGCAUUGUGGGGAGACUCCCACUUCUUCCAAGGGCCGUCGAUCCCGGGACAGUCGAGGCGUCGGUGCGGCCACCGAGUCCUCAGUGGGGAGACCCAGUCAGGGAAAGGGCGCGCAGUCCCGAACAGUCUCGGGGAGCCCAGCGGAAUCGGGCCGGAUCACCGGGGGCGCAGAGCCCCCGUCGCGCCUCGUGCGGCGGAGAGACCAGAGGAGCGAGACCUCGGAGGCUGUGGCCCAUGCCCGGGCUGGGGACGGCUGCCCAGUGAGUCCGCCUGGCCCGCCGGGCGGAGAAGAACGACGCCGAAGCCGGCGGGAGGGGAGCACUUCAAGGCCGGCGACUGCGGAGGAUGGGCGCCUGAGCGGUUCAGAGCGCAGCGCAGCACGGGAAGGCGAGGCCAGUUUGCUGAGGAGGCGCCAGGGGAUCCCAAGUGCAGCCUGCUCCUGGGAAGAUGGCCCGGCCUGGGCAGCGUUGGCUUGGCAAGUGGCUUGUGGCGAUGGUCGUGUUGGCACUGUGCCGGCUCGCCACGCCGCUGGCCAAGAACCUGGAGCCCGUGUCCUGGAGCUCCCUCAACCCCAAGUUCCUGAGUGGGAAGGGCCUGGUGAUCUACCCAAAGAUUGGAGACAAGCUGGACAUCAUCUGCCCCCGAGCGGAAGCAGGGCGGCCCUACGAGUACUAUAAGCUGUACCUGGUGCGGCCCGAGCAGGCGGCUGCUUGCAGCACCGUGCUUGACCCCAAUGUGCUGGUCACCUGCAAUCGGCCAGAGCAGGAGAUCCGCUUCACCAUUAAGUUCCAGGAGUUCAGCCCCAACUACAUGGGCCUGGAGUUCAAGAAGCACCAUGAUUACUACAUUACCUCUACAUCCAAUGGGAGCCUGGAGGGACUGGAAAACCGGGAGGGAGGCGUGUGCCGUACACGCACCAUGAAGAUCGUCAUGAAGGUUGGGCAAGACCCCAAUGCUGUGACGCCUGAGCAGCUGACCACCAGCCGGCCCAGCAAGGAGGCAGACAACACUAUUAAGAUGGCCACGCAGGCCCCCAGCGGCCGGGGUUCCCUGGGUGACUCUGACGGCAAGCAUGAGACUGUGAACCAGGAAGAGAAAAGCGGCCCUGGGGCAAGCGGAGGUGGCAGUGGGGACGCCGACAGCUUCUUCAACUCCAAGGUGGCAUUGUUCGCAGCCGUUGGCGCUGGCUGUGUCAUCUUCCUGCUUAUCAUCAUCUUCCUGACAGUUCUGUUACUCAAGCUGCGCAAACGGCACCGGAAGCACACCCAGCAGCGGGCGCCCGCCCUCUCCCUCAGUACCCUGGCCAGUCCCAAGGUGGGCAGUGGCACGGCGGGCACCGAGCCCAGCGACAUCAUCAUCCCUUUACGGACUACAGAGAACAACUACUGCCCCCACUACGAGAAGGUGAGUGGGGACUACGGGCACCCCGUCUACAUCGUCCAGGAGAUGCCACCCCAGAGCCCAGCGAACAUCUACUACAAGGUCUGAGGGCCCAGCGCAGCCUCAGGUCCCCGAGAGACAGUUGGCCAGGACUGCACCUCUCCUUUCUCCCCCACACUCCCUCCCCUGACCAGCUGUGCCCACCUUUGUAUUUAGUUUUGUAGUUUCUUGGCUUUUAUAAUCCCCCUUUUGCCCUGCCCCCUGGGCUUCGGAGGGGGGUGCUUGUGCCCCCAGCCCCCACGCUCUUGUGCCUUCCCCCUCUGGCCAGGCCUCUGGGCUCUGCAGGGGCGCCCCUUCUUGGAGGGCAGGGUUGGACGCUGAUGGACAGCAGGCAGGAAGAUGCCCCCCCGGCUCUGCCCCCCUUUCCCCUUCCCCCCUUUCCCAGGACUGUUUGUCCGCUAUGAUCACUGUUUUUAAUGUUUUUGUGUUCAUUUUUUAGCUGUCAACUCAUUUUCAUCUGUUUUUUAAAGAAAAAUGGAAAAUGUAAAAGCAGCCCCUCCUUGGGCUUUCUGAGCCUGGCCCGGCCCAGUUUAAGGGAACAAGGGCAGGAUGUGGCCAGCCAGGAAGCAUAGGAUGGUAUCUCUUUUAUAAACUCCUUGGUGUUUGGGGGAGGGGUGGCUUGGCCAGAGCUAUUCUUGUCCAGGAGGGAAGAUGAGAGUGCCAUUGGGCAAAGCAUCUCACCCUGCCCUCCUGACCCUCCUUCUACAAAGCUGAUCUUGGCAAUGGGGUAGUGGCUGCCACCCUUCCACC